AUGACCGCGAUUAGGGCGAUCCAGGAUGCGGUCUCGGACAGUUCGGACUCGAGCGAUUCCUCCUCGUUUGCCCACGGCGAGGGUGUCGCCAAUUUGAGUGCGUACAGAAACGAGGCGGCUCUAAAAUGUGCGUCAUUCGCGAACAAAUUAGACACUUACAAUAACAAUCAACUGCUGCUUCCGGCGCAGUUUUACAAGACUUUGCUCGCGAAGGCGGUGCUCUCGUCGAAUGGCGACGACAAAGCGAGCCUGUACAAAAACAUGCUUUUCCACAAAGACAACUUUGACCAGAAAGCUUUCGGCUGGGACGGAACGCAAACAGGUGGCAGUCCCGCCGGUCCCCAAACUGGGGGGGUAGGGGGCCAGGGGGCCCAGGGCCUCGUCCACUGGAUGAGCGUGAUGGCCGAGCACAUGGAUCCGGCCGUUUCCCACUACAUGUGGAACCAAGAGCAAUGCGGACAGCACGGAAAGGACGACUAUCCGAACUGGACGAGAGGGACAAUGGGAAUGAACAAGCAGGGAUACGAGUCGAAGAUGAACGAGAAUCAGCAUCAGAUGCAAAAAGGAUCGAAUUUUCCGCUAAGAAAAAUAGGCGCUACAAAUCAAAAUUAUUGCCAUCCGAUGUACAAAGCGGUGUCGAGGUCCUUGAAACUUAACGCCGAAAACGGGGAGGAGAACGAGCGAAUGUUAAUAAUUUAG